CACCACUAUGCUGCGUCGUGUUGCUCUCUCUUCGCUACGCUGCGCGUCCCGCCGUACUGCUGCUACACAGAGUGUCAAGACUCUGUCAACUCUGCCGUCUCUGUGCAGACCCAAUGGUGCAAUUUCGAUGUCGCAUCGCAGCUCCCUGCAAGCUGCGCACUUGACGACGGACUCUCUAGAACCGUCUUCGCAAAUGGCGGAGAACGAGUUCAUGGAGCUGGCGGACGAGACGCUGCACGGCAUUCAGAGCUGGCUGGACGGUAUUGAGGAGAUGCUUGAAGAGUCCGACAUCAUGUUUUCGCAAGGAGUCCUGAAGAUUGACUUGGGUGAGCACGGCACGUGGGUGAUCAAUCGCCAGGUGCCCAACCGACAGAUCUGGUGGUCGUCUCCGGUCAGUGGCCCUCGCCGUUACGAGUACGACGCUGAAAGUGGACACUGGGUGAACACACGAGACAAGGGCGAGUUGAUGGAGCUUCUGCGCGCUGAGAUCCUGGACGUAACAGGCAUUGAGAUCUACACCUGAGCUCAAGGUAUGGGAGGUGCCGUAGCCGAGCAACCUAAGUAGAAUCCAGCACAACAGGUGGCUCUCUA